CUGCUGCUGCGCCCUCCGCUGUGGGCAAUUUGCGGCGGAUCCGGCUUGUACGAUCUACGAUCAGUGGAUCGUCGCCGCAAUGGAUCCAAACUGACUUCAACAAGCUCUCACCUCUACCAGCCCCUUCACUGCUACCUCUUAUGUUUCCCUUCUCCACGAUAUAUAUCUCUCCACGCUUCUCCACGCGGAUUUUCCUCUCUCGGUGCCUGAACUCUUCUUCCUCGGAAACCUUCCAGGCCGACUUUUUCGCACAAUCUCCGAUCAACUCUAUUUGGAUCUUCCGCAAAGCAAGCACGUCGACGGGACAGGCACCACCCUGUGUGUGUCUGUGCACACGUGCCACCACCGCACUCCGGUCGAUGCUGUCUGUGCUGUCGUUUCUGUCUCUACUUCCCCCCCACUGUGCUUGUUGUCGUUUCCUCAGCUGCUGCCUGCGGUUUUCAGCUGCUGCAAAGCCCGUGGUGAAGGAACUGUUGGCGAUGAGGCUCCUCGUGGAGAAGUUGCUGCCGGUGUCCUUUUUCUCCAGUGGGGAUGAGCUCAGGACGCUGCUGGCGCUUAUCGGGGAUUCCGAUUUCCCGCCACUGCGGCCGCGGCGUGUGAAACACCUUCUCACCGAGUUGUACGUGGCCACGAAAAAGGUAGUCGUGGGCAACAUGUUGGAGGAAGUGCGGAAAGCACCGCUUCCCGUUCUGCACCACAUGAUCGACAUCUGGACUGAAAAGGGUUCGGGGCGGAAGUUCCUGGGAGUUCACCUCUACUACGUGACCGCAAGUUUCGAAAUGAAGCACGCCCUGCUCUGUGUGGGUGUCAAGCGAUACUCGCCCGACCAGGGCGCUUUAUCCGAGGCGAGGGCCUCGGAGGUGCUUUUGGAGAUCGUCAAGUCCAUCCUCGUCGAGGUCGGCCUGAGCCCAUCGGACCUCGCCUCGGGUACUACGGACUCUGGAUCGGACGUCAAGGCUGUGAGCGUCAACGGCCUCCACCCGCACUAUGGGGUUCUUUGGAAUUGGUGUGCUUGCCACAUGAUGGUCAAGGCCGCCGAGCAAGCCUUUGGCGUCCAUCCCGAUCCCACCAAGUCCAAGAACCCGGGGGCGCGCGAUGUCAUCAAGGUCGUCAUCAAGGUGGUCGAGAACCUCAACAAGUCGUCCUACUUGAGGGCGAAGUUCGAGGACCUUCAGACGGAGCUGUUGGGCGAGGACGACAACAAGAACGAUGUUCUUCAGCUCUACUCGCUGUUGGAGCCGCUUUGCAUGAUCACCCGUGAUGGCCAGUACGGGGGUGCACCGAUGAUGGCGGACAUCUACAUGAAGAUGGGCAUCCUCAAGAUGGGAGUGCUGAACCUGGAGAAGGAGCUCAAGGUCUACGAAACCCCGCGCGUUGGGGAAGACG